AUGUCAGAGGACAACGAAAAAAGGGCAGAGUUAUUCGGUACUAAACAACAAGAGGAUGAAGAAGAUAAGGUCGGCAGUGAUGACGAGUUUGAGGCGUCCAAAGUCGAAGCGAAUAUCCGUAAGACCCGUAACCAAACAAAGGCGUCACUGCAGCGUACCAAGCGCAUGCUGGAGGAGACCAAGGAGGUUGGAUCCAAGACGGUAACCACUAUGGAGGAUCAGACUAAACAGAUGCAGCGCAUAAGGGGAGAUGCGGCUGAUGUUGAAGACUAUCUUCAGAAAAGUCGAGGUGUGGUCGACGAUAUGAACCGGAAUUGGAUCACUCGUCUCUUCUUCUAUAACCGCAAGGACAACAAGCCUCCACCGGUCGAGUGGAACAACAGGAAUGAAGAGGAGCUUGGGGCGGCUAAGGCCAUGAUUGACAAGCAGAAGAAAAUCAACAGGAAGAAGAAGGCUUUGGCUUCCAAACGGCGGGCCGAGGAAAAGGCUAAGAAGAGGCCUUGGUGGCUGGGUGGAAAGAAGAAUAAAAAACCGAAGCAGCCAGAAUACUCUGACGACGACUCGUCGCUGGCGGAUGAUCUUGACGAUUUGUCUCUGCAAGAUGACUCCUCAGCGGAUGAUGACGUUGAUGUGAUGCCUGGUGGUCGUGCGGGAGUAGUGGGCGUAGAGCCUGUUAAUAAGGCGCUUUCUAAGAAGCCGGACGCUACAAACUAUAGAGAGAAGUUGGGGCUCAAGACUCGGCCAGUGGACGAUGAUGAGUUAUCAUCUGCAAACAGCUCAACGUUUUCUGACGAUGUUGACCGAGAUUUGGACCAGAUUCGUAGUUCUAUUGGUGAAGUUAGAACCUAUGCGGAGAAGAUCCAAGCUCAAUCACAGAGGCAGGACGAGCUAGCUACUGAUCUCCAAGGACAGAUUGAACGCAACAACAGGAUGGUUGGUGACAACAAGGAUCAACUGCGUAAGGUGAAUCGUCGUGUGAAGCGGCUACAACAAGAACAGGAGAAGGAGGAUGGCAUUCUCAACGCAAACGAUAAAUUGGCCAUCCAGGGCCUCACACAGUCGUUCAAGAGUAAAAUGAAUGGCUGAGUGUGAAUGGCAAUAGGCCUCGAUGAGCCGAGCUGUGGAGUUUUUCUUGGUCGCCCCUCCGCCCUCUGUCAAACGCGGUUGCUAUUCUUGUGUUGCUAUAUUUUAUCAUUGUAAGCCUCUUGUUUAAACUAAGCAGCAACUUUCAUUGUACUAAAUAU